UGCACUGCUAUCGUGGUUUGUGUGAUCUCUUGAUGACCUCUGGCGCUACUAAUCUUACAUUGAGUGUCAUAAUAGUUGCUUGGAAAUGAUCCAGUGUUUACCGAAAUGGAGUGUCAUGAAGCCCCAAUACUAGUUUUUGCUUUUUGCCUGAUUUUUGCUCUAAGUAAAGCUAUACCACCCGACAAACAUUACCGCUCAGAUUAUGUAUACAAUCGACAAACCGACGCGUUCUACAAGAUACACAUUGAAGAAACAUUCAACCACGGCGCAGCUGUAACUUGCUCCCUGGAAGGAGCUACGCUUAUGGUGCCCUCAACGAGAGAAGACCUGAUCCAAGCCCAUGCUAUGAUGAAGAGUUUCCCAGAUAUUGGAGACUAUUUUUGGAUAGGCGCUGAUGGAAAGGAGCACGAAUCAGUUGAAGAGCAACCGAUUAUCAAUCUGCAUGCAGAAAGCAGUGAAUACGAAUACGUCUCACCGUGUGACAUCCUGACGAGAAGAGGCGAGAUAGAGUCGGCGUCCUGCUACCACCGGCGACCGUUCAUCUGCAAGGUGGCUGCCAAUGACGCCAUUUACGAUAGCCAAUGCCACGUCUAUAGCAGCGCGUACCAGUAUUAUUCCUCGGUGGGGAGCUGCUACAAGGUCUCGGAUGUACCGUUGACGUGGGACCAGGCGUACGCUGAAUGUCGUGCUGAAGGCGCACACCUGGUGGUACUCAACUCCGAAGCGGAGCACCAAGCUGUGUGGGACAUCAUCCGCGCCGCGCCGAGAGCCAUUGGCGUCCAGGCGUUCUUUUUCUUCUUCGCUGGCAUCAGAGCGAAUAGACCCACCGAUGGGACCCCUAGAGUUUUUAGGACUGUCUUCAAUGAGACGCUCCAAGAGGCAGGGUACUCGGAGUGGUCGGAAGGCGAGCCCAACAACUACCAGGACACAGAGUACUGCGGCACCAUAUUCCUCAACAAUGGCAAGUACAAUGAUGUCGAAUGCGCGCACCUAUACCAGUUUGUAUGCGAGAAGGAAGUGCACGCAGCGACACAUUGAAUUUCAACAAAAAAAAUUA